CUCACCGAUCGGCAAUCCCAACGCAGUCAGCUCUCUGGUGCAAAUACUAGCUCAGCUCAUCGACUCAGUUCUCAAGACGACUGGCUCCGUUGUAGUGGACAAAGAGAUACAGCGUACUCUAGUGUCGUAACUCUCCUUCUCUUCUCGUGUAGAAUCAAUUCAUGCUUGCAAGACCUUCGACAACACAGUGCAGCGAGUGAUAUCAUUCCGGCAAAAGUGAACGACUUCGACGGAGUGAUUCACCAGCUCCUGAAAUUCCUAGUUUCGGAAGUUGGCUGAUAGCUGAUUCCAGUUCGUGGGGAGGCGACUUUCAGAAGACUUUUCGUGAUUGCAAAGAUAGCGUCCAGCAAUUUCCAUCCUUCUUUACGGCAUCAGUGGGACAUAUGCAACUCUCAAGCCGCUGAGGCAGAAUCGAAGGCUGGUCGCUCCCAAACUCAUGGGUUGACAUCACCGUACGAGGUGCUCCAGCUCCAGGGUCCAACAGCGACUGAAUCUCCAACCUCACUCAGGGACUGCUUUGGUCUACGAUCGAAGAUCUCCGGCUCCGUGAUCCAGGUUGCUGCUGCAAGCUGCGCACAGACGAGCGGGACUGAAUCUCAGAGCCCACAGCUGCAGGAAAGACCUCCUCACAGAUCAGAGAAAGUCGAGAGGAAAUGGCGAAGGAGAACGGAGUUGAGGAUCUGGAGAAGUCAUGCCUGGAGAAUCAGAUCGUGCUACCUUUACUGGGCAACAGCGCCAACAAUCACAAGAAGCUGUUGGAGAAACGAGCCAAGUCGUUCACCAGCAGAAGUUCGUGCUCCAUGCCGUCUGGAGAAAUCUGCAGCAAAGAGGGCGACGCUGAAGUCGCGAAGGAGGUGAAGGAUCGCGGCUCAGUAUGGGCACAACUGUUUCUCGGGUUUUCUGAAGUGGUAUUCGGAACGAAGCUUUGUUUGCUGCUCCUUUCCAUACCCUUCACAUUCAUAGCAGUGCAUUUGGAACUUGGGCGUGGGUAUAUUUUUGUCUCGAGCUUGUUGGCCAUCGCUCCGUUGGCCGAGAGACUUGGAUAUGUCACGGAGCAGCUGGCAUUCUACACCGGCCCCACGAUGGGCGGCCUUCUGAAUGCCACCUUCGGGAAUGCGACGGAGAUGAUUAUUUCCAUCUUCGCACUCCGCCAAAACUUAAUUCGCGUUGUCCAGCUCUCGCUUCUGGGCUCCAUCCUCUCGAAUAUGCUUCUAGUCCUCGGCUGCGCUUUCUUCUGCGGUGGGCUGUGCCAUCGCAACGAGGACCAAAGGUUCAACCAGACAGCUGCUCUCGUGAGCUCCAGCUUGUUGCUCAUGGCCGUCAUGGGCCUGCUCUUCCCUGCUGUGCUGCACGCCACCCACACUGAGCUCCACAACUUCACGUCGGAAAUCUCCCUCUCCAGAUUCAUCAGCGUCGUUAUGCUCGUGGCGUAUGCGUGCUACCUCUUCUUCCAGCUCAAGAGCCACAGGCAGUUGUACGAAGAGGAACCUGCGGACGGGGAGGAGGACGAGGAUGAAGAAGAGUCGGUCCUCGGCUACUGGAAUGCCAUAUUCUGGCUCGGAGUCAUCACCAUCGUCAUCUCCGUGCUCUCCGAAUUCCUCGUCGACGCCAUCGAGGGAACGGCGGAAACGUGGAACAUCCCCGUGGCAUUCAUCAGCGUGGUCAUCCUGCCUCUGGUGGGUAAUGCAGCGGAGCACGGAAGUGCCAUAGUUUUCGCCAUGAAGGAUAAAUUGGACAUCAGUCUCGGAGUGGCCAUCGGAUCCUCGACCCAGAUCUCGAUGUUCGUCAUCCCGUUCUGUGUGGUGGUGGGCUGGGCCAUGGGCAAGGACAUGGACUUGGAUUUUGAGAUUUUCGAGACUGCCACAUUAUUCAUCACGGUUCUGGUCGUCGCGUUUCUCGUGCAAGAUGGCCGAGCGAAUUACUUUAAGGGCUUGAUGUUGAUUUUAUGCUACUUCAUCGUGGGUGCCAGCUUCUUCGGUCAUAUGGACCUGCCUGACAUUCCUGGCGUCAAUUCCGCCAAACACUUCUACUCCGACGCGCUUCGUCUGUUCUCCCAUGAACUCCACCACUCCGCCACGCCCUCCACUUAAUCUGAAUGGCGCGACGCUUCUGCGACAGGACCGGCCUUCUGCAACUGACUAAAUUGCAACAACCGAAGCCCGAAUUGCAGAGCGUUGCAGAUCGCAGAUUGGCUCAGAAGGUUCCCCCGCAUUGCCUACUCCAUCAGCUCGUGCUGCCUGCAGGUUACAUGUGCGGAGGAAUGGACGGAGUCUCAAACCGGCGCCCGCUUCCCACGGCUCUGACCGUAAUCGAAAUUGUUUCACAGUAAAUAAGUUCGUGCUCCCGUGUGUAUAUUUGUGUUUCUGUCUCUCUACUCGGACCAUUUCCGAGUGACUGCAACCUGAUCUGCAACCUGGGCGCUUCACCGAUCAGCAUCAGCAACAGCAACAGCAACCGGGAAGCAGUUUCGAGGCAGAUUUGUGAGAGUAGUUGGUUAUGUCAAAUUAUAGAGCGAGGCAGGACUCGGAAUUCCACCGAGCUCAUAUUGUUUUCCAGUUCCAAUCUGUCGGUUCGGGAAUCUAAAGCAUCUCUUUGCAACGGAUUCGUUCACGUGAGAUCGUCGAGCCGCACAACACAAUUUGGACCGUAAGAUUGAAGAAAUUGAUGGUAGGAGGCAGUUGCAUAAUAACGAGCCACCCAAGCAUGGAGUCAGCUGGCUCGCAGCAAAUUUCUGGCCGGUGACCUUUUCAUGGAUAAAUCAUGUUGACUUAGAUAAAUAGACAAUGAGCAGAAAGGGAGAGAAUUCUUUCACUGGGCGAUGACGGAACGUGAUCUUCUGUAGCUCGUUUUUAUAUAUAAAGUGUGCUUGAUAUUUUCCAGU